AUGACUGCGACCAGCACUCGCUCUACUCGUAGAGCCGAGACUCUUGUCGCCCUCCCUCCACUUGCACACGCCCAUCGCUCUCCAGCCACGGCCGCUGCCACGCGCCUGCACCAGCAGAACUCUAGCCGGCCCCUCAAGCGCCUGCACGACGCGACAAACCUGAGAUACGACCUCAAAUCCCCCAAGAAGCCCAAGAUCACGGUCGAGAUCCCUUCAAAGAGCCAGUAUCAGGCCAGGUUGUUCCCCGAGAACGUCGACGCCAGGCAGCACCACCGCCCAUCCUCGACCCACAAGCCCCCUAAACAGGACCAUCGUCACCCUGCCAGCGCACCUCUUCCGCCGCCACCCGCUACUGCCCAUACAGCAGCACCACCACCCGCCCCGGCACCCGCGACCGGCGAUGCAGCCACCACGACCGGCCAGGACAGCUCCGCCGCCCCUACAAAACACAGAGAAAAGGUCGUCAAUGGCAUCAAGCAUGAAUUGGACAGGUUACAGCCCAGCUCCGCCGACAUGGCUGCCAGCAACGGCCAAGGGCGCAAGCUUCGGUCACAGGAGGGCGUUCGCUUCAAGAGCGAGCUCUCGGCCUACUUUCCUGAGUAUGACGAAGUCAUCGGAAACGUGCCCAAGGAAGAACACAUCCUGAUGCUCGAUACCCCUAUAAUCGUUGUCGACACAUCUCCGUCAUCAGCCUCCACCUCGGCGCCGCGCCACGAGCCCCACUCGACCCCCUCAACUUUCCCAAUACGCAACUACGGCGACGACCUGUUCACAAAUCUGCACGACUCACAAGCAAUUGAUCUGAGUUGGUUAGAGGGCCAGUAUAAGGGCAAGACGUUGAGCGAUCCGCUGCCCGACUCUUAUUAUGAGUCAAUACAUAGAAAGGAGUCUCGGAACGAGAAGAUCACGAGGAAUGCAGAGAGGGGGCGCUCCCAGCAUGAAAAGGCCCAGGUCAUCCGGCUGCUCGACGGCCUCAAAGGCCCUGAUUGGCUCAAAACCAUGGGCGUAAGCGGUAUCACAGAGAGCAAGAAGAAACAGUUCGAGCCUGCUCGAGCACACUUUGUCCACAAGUGCGAAGUCGUCUUGGACAAAUUCGCAAAAUGGGCUGCCGAGGAGAAGAGGCUCAAACUCGAAAAGGAGCGCGCUGCGAAAGAGAGCCUCGCCUCGCAAGAUACCGACUCGUCCAAGGCCGAGGACGACGAGGAAGAAGACGAGGAAGCGAUUUCAUCGGCAGACGAACUGGGAGAUGACGAGGAAGGUGGUGAGGAGACGGACAAGAGCGACAGCGAGCCACCUGAUAUGAGCGACGUCGAUGCAUCGGCCAAGCAGCUGCACGAGGAGGCCAUGGCGAGGUCCCGCCUGGCUGCAAAGUCCGCCGGACGACGUCCGCUCUCGGCCCAGCCACUGCCGCCUCCACCGCCAGCAGAGUUCACCUCGUUCUUCAAGAAGCCAUACCAGCGAGACGCAGCGCUCAACAAAUCUCGUCGACGCGGGAGGACGGUCUUGGCCUGGGGACAGGCUUUGCCUGAGCUUGAGGAGCAGGACUUCGUCCUGCCGGAAGAGUAUCGAGACGAGGAAAUGCUCAAGGCGCGGGAGCGACGACUGAGAAUCCUCCGACGUGGAUCAAGGCAUCGUGGCUGA